GAGAUCGGUGUACUUGCAGAAAAAAGAAAAAAAAACCCGAAAACAUAGAAAAAAUGGCUAUAUGCGUUUAUCAAGGAAUGGAAUGGAAUCAAAGCAGAUCUGGAGAUGGGCGAUUGGUGGUGUAGGCAGGUCGAUGAGCACGUAACAGAAAGUCAUCAUAUAUCUAAUAAUAUUUAUUAUAUUACCACUACCAAAGAGGAAUAACAUACACUUGAUCAUUCACAGAAAAAAAAAGUUAGAUCAUUCACAGAAAACUCCGAUGGGCGGCGGCGGCGGAGUCCGUGGUAUCCUGCUUGACAGCUCAGCAAUCUUGAGCUCCGACACACUUCACACCGGAGCUGAUUAUUUACUUCGCAAGCUUCGAUAUUCUAACAUUCCCACGGGGUUAUUGUAUGCGGUGGAUCUUACGGAGGCGAAGGUAGUAAGCCUUCUUGAGAAGCUGGCACACGAAUACUCACUCGAGCGUUUCGUAUACAAUCCAUCGUGCAUGGACGACACUGUAAAUGCGGUUUCUUUGGCUUGGAAGAACAACGGUGCCACUAUUUUGCACGUGGUUUCAAACGACAACGAAGGACUUGUUCCAAAAUCCUUGAAUUCUGACUGGAUAAAUGUGGUUGUAAAUGUUGAUGGCGAUGGUACAAGCAAGAAUUUAAGUGGGAUCGUCAUAGAGAAGCUAGAAGAGUUGCCUCUAACUAUCUGUGAGUUGAAUAGGAAGUGUAGUGAGGAUAAUGUGGUUGUGGGCUAUAUUAUGAAGCCUUCUCGUGAGGAAGAUUUUGCGAAGAGAGGUGCAUUUCCACUAAACCCUACGGAAAAUGGGUUGAUAUUUUUGCCUCUAACAUUUGACCUCCCGAUGCUAUAUCAGUUGAAAAAAGUGGACAUUGUUAUCCAUAAAGCAACUGAUGAAAUUUCUUCAAUCGAAAGAAGCAAUUCUUGUGAUCACUCUGGUAACAUUAUUUACACCACCAGAAUGCUAGAGUUACAGAGGUAUAUAGGUGAACUGCCAGAUUGUUGUGUGAUCGAUCCAUUUGACAACAUUUUUCCAGUUGUGGACCGAUUGAAAGUUCAAGAAAUCCUACUGGGAUUGGCGAAUCUCAAAACCGAAAGCCGACACAAAAUCAGAGGCGCUUACUUUUUGCAGGUUGAUAACUUUGAGGAUGUUCAAUUCGAACAACGGCUGCACGAAGCUAAGUUAUCCCUACCAAGUAUCGUAAAACCUCAAGUUGCUUGUGGUGUAGCCGAGGCACACAGUAUGGCCAUUGUCUUUAAAGCGGUUGACUUUUUGGGUCUGAGCGUUCCUCUUCCAGCAGUUGUUCAGGAAUACGUGGAUCAUUCGUCAACUCUUUUCAAGAUGUAUGUGUUGGGGGAAAAGGUAUUCUAUGCAGUCAAGAAUUCGACGCCGAAUGCUGAUAUUUUGAAGAACUCGUCCGAGAAAAAUGGAUCUAAACCUCUGCUCUUCGACAGUUUAAAAUCUCUGCCUAUCGACGGCUCUAAGAUGAAAGAACAGCCCGAUCUUGAUAUUGAGCUUGUUACCGGUGCUGCAACUUACCUUAGAAGGGUUCUCGAUCUUACCAUCUUUGGCUUUGAUGUUGUUAUUCAGGAGGGGACACGAGACCAUGUUAUUGUCGAUGUAAAUUACUUGCCAUCGUUUAAAGAAGUGCCAAAUGAAAUUGUGAUUCCUGCAUUUUGGGACGCUAUCAGAAUGAAGUAUCGUCUGAGAAAGGGUGUCCGCGUUUAAUGUAUUUGGUUGUAAAAUAAUAUAAAUUACGUAAGCUGAAGUAUUUUAUUUUCAUGACUAUGUAUCGUUGAUUUCGUUUAGCGAGAACUAGCCGGAGGUGGCAAAUGGAGUUGGUGAUAAAUUCUGGUACCCGGAAGGUGCAAGUUUUGAUAUGCAACGAAAUGGGUUGGGUUGAUCUGAAA